GUGUCAUCCUCUUAACACAAAUCUCAUCCAAUCCUUCUCAUAUAAACCCUACAUAUCCCGAAAAUUUCAACAAUUCUUAGAAUUCGAAAUCCUAAUUCUUUGAUCCAAAACUGAAUUCUCAUCAAAAUGCAAUCCAUUUCCCUGAAUUCUCCCUCAUUUCUCUCGAUUCUGGAUUCGAAUUCGAGGCCGACCCUGAAUCGUCGGAGAACCAGCGUGCAGGCAUGGAAGAGAGAGGCGGCAGAUCAGAAUUUUGGCGGGAGAAUGGUGGACGAGAACAUGAUCGUUCUGAGGAAGAGAAUCCACGAGAUGAAGAUGAUUGAGAAGAACUACGAGCCGCCGGCGGAUUGGAUGGACUGGGAGAAGCGUUACUACACAAUCUAUGACUCCAUGAUUUGCGAUGCACUCGGAGUGUUGCAGACACAGUUGAUGAACACGAGGCCGAGCUUGGCCCUGGGCAUGAUUGCCUUGCUUGCGAUGAGCGUGCCUACUUCAUCGGCUUUUCUUUUGUACCAUUUGGUGGAGCUGUGUAAGCUGAUUUUGGGAGGGAUUCAUCUUUCUUAAUUAGCUUUUGGUUAAUCAUUUAAUCAUUGGGCUUAUGGAGAAAAGCUGUGUAUAGAGUGAAAGAAAUAUCAAUUUCAGUUUUUUUCUUUUAUGGUUCAUCUGAUCUGGGGGUAUUUUUUGGUUAUACCCAGAAUGGCAGAAUCUAUACAAGUUUGUGAUAUAUACAGAGCAUUCAUUGUUGUGACUGAUCAGCCAAUUUCAACUUUCUUUAAGUUGUUCUUC